UAUAGACGCUCCAGCUUACUCACCCACGUGACUGGUCACAUGAUCCUGCUGUCACCUGACUGUGCAGGAAGAGUCACUGUGAUGGACGAGGAUGGGCUCCCUAUAGUUGGAUCCGGCAUAGACCUCACUAAGGUCCCAGCCAUCCAACAGAAGAGGACUGUUGCGUUCCUGAACCAGUUUGUGGUGCACACAGUUCAGUUUCUUAAUCGCUUCUCAACUGUUUGUGAAGAGAAACUGUCUGCACUUUCACUUCGUAUUCAACAGAUUGAAACAACGCUCAAUAUUCUAGAUGCAAAGCUUUCUUCCAUUCCUGGUCUAGAAGAUGUUAAAGUUGAAACACAUUUGUCUAACAACAUUACUAAUGGCCACUCACAGCCCCAGCCAGUCCCAGAAGCUACUCCAGCUGCGCCACAGCCAGAACUUACACAGCAGAAUUCCAUAAAUGAUAACAUCUCAACUAAAGAAGAAGUACAAGCUGAAAAUAUUCCCACUGUGGCAAAAGAUCCAAGAUAUGCCAGAUACUUAAAGAUGGUCCAAGUGGGGGUCCCUGUAAUGGCUAUCAGAAAUAAAAUGAUUUCUGAAGGACUAAACCCUGAUCUUUUAGAGACACCCAAUGCCCCAGUCACAGAUGGAGGCAUUGCUCCUGAAGACAGCUCAGACAGUGAAUCCUCAUUUAGCGACUGAAGAAACUGUUAUCUACACUAUCCUUCACUGAAAUGUAUGUUAGGCUGGACUUUAUAAGUUUAUAUAUGAACCUAAUAACAAUUCUGUAAAGGUUAAUCCAGAGUAUGUAUACAAAGGACUAAACUAUGUAAAAAUACUAUGUAGGCAGGAAAUACCGUGCACCCAAGCCUGUACAUCCACACCUCUUAUCCCCCUCAGAUUUCCAAGUGAAGAAACAAAGUAGCUCAUCUUUAUUACCACUGAAAUUCUCAGCCCGACCAGAAGUAUAAUGACUCAAACUAAGAGCUGUUGGUUUGGGUCAUCAGACCAGCACUUGGGCCUGUGAUACAGAUGUAAAAAUACAUCCAUAUUUGGCUUAAAGGGGUUCUCCGGUGCUUAGACAUCUUAUCCCCUAUCCUUU